GCUUUGCAUCAUGGGAGAUCGGUUAUACGCCCUGGCAACACAAACAUCAUUUGUGAGGGCAGCAAACAAGAUAAGAUGAUUAAUUCACACCAUUACUAAGGUUACAGAAGAGAUAUAACGUUAAAACAGUCGUCGCACAGCCUCCACAGGUCUGUUAAUAAAAACAAUGCAGGCAGACGACGUAAGAUAUUUAACGCGGAAGGUCAAGGGAGGCAGUCUGGAUGUCCAUCCUACGGAGAAAGCUCUUGUUGUACACUAUGAAGUGGAAGCCAGGAUUUUGGGACAGACGGGGGAUGCAAUGCUGGGAGAACGCAAGUCAUGUCAGAAAAUCAUUCGUCUGAAAAGCCUUAGUCCCAACACUGACAUUGGCUCUUUAGCACGGAAGGUGGUGGAGGAAUGCAGGCUCAUUUCCCCAUCCAAACUUCCAGAGGUGGAGCAGCUGCUCUUCUAUCUGCAGAACCGCAAGUCUCCCACAGAGAAAAAAGAGAAGAAACCGAUUAAGCCACGGGAUCCUACUCCUUUUGAAGGGAUGGAGCUGGAUGAGGAGGCCAACAUUAACAGCAUAGAUGAUUACGUGGAGCUGUUGUACGAGGAUGUCCCAGAAAAAAUCAGAGGAGCUACACUUAUCCUGCACCUGGCCCGUAACCCCGACAACCUGGAGGAGCUGCUACAGAACGAGACGGCCCUGGGUGCUCUGGCUCGAGUAUUGAGAGAGGACUGGAAGCAGAGCGUGGAUCUGGCAACCACCAUCAUCUACAUCUUCUUCUGUUUCUCCAGUUUCAUCCAAUUCCAUGGACUGAUCACCUAUUACAAGAUUGGCGCCCUGUGUAUGAACAUUAUUGAGCACGAACUGAAGAGGUAUGACCUCUGGCAGGAGGAGCUGCAGAAGAAGAAAAAGGCUGGGGAAGAUGACCCAGAGAACCAGAACCUGAAGAAAGAGUAUGAGAAAGCUUUGAAGAAGUACCAGGGCUUGCUGACCAAACAGGAGCAGCUGCUUAGAGUGGCUCUGUAUCUGCUGCUAAACCUGUCUGAGGACACACGCACUGAGCUGAAGAUGAGGAACAAGAACAUAGUGCACCUGCUGGUGAAGACCCUGGACCGGGACAAUGAGGAGCUCCUGGUGUUGGUGGUGUCCUUCCUCAAGAAACUCAGCAUCUUUCUGGAAAACAAGAAUGAUAUGGCUGACACUGACACAGUGGAGAAGCUGGCUAAGUUGGUGCCCUGUGAACAUGAAGAUCUGCUGAAUGUCACUCUCCGUCUCCUCCUCAACCUCUCCUUCGACACAGGCCUCCGCAGCAAGAUGGUGCAGGUGGGCCUGCUGCCCAAACUCACCACCAUGUUAGGAGAUGAAACACAGAGGCAUCUGGCCAUGCGCAUCCUGUACCACAUCAGCAUGGAUGACCGUUUCAAGUCCAUGUUUGCCUACACUGACUGCAUUCCUCAGAUGAUGAAGAUGCUGUUUGAUUGCGUUGAGGAGAGGAUGGACCCGGAGCUCAUCUCCUUCUGCAUCAACUUGGCUGCCAAUAAGAGGAAUGCCCAGCUAAUUUGUGAAGGUAAUGGGUUGAAGAUGCUGAUGAAAAGAGCACUGAAACUGAAGGAUCCUCUGAUGAUGAAAGUGAUCCGGAACGUGUCGCAGCAUGAUGGGCCUUCCAAGAACCUAUUCAUUGACUAUGUUGGAGACCUAGCAGCUCAGAUUGGACAGAAUGAGGAGGAGGAGUUUGUCAUCGAGUGCCUGGGCACACUGGCUAACCUCACCAUUCCUGAUCUGGACUGGGAGCUUGUCCUCAAAGAAUACAACCUAGUGCCCUUUCUGAAAGACCAUCUCAAACCUGGCUGUGCAGAAGAUGACCUUGUGUUGGAGGUGGUGAUCAUGAUUGGCACCGUCUCCAUGGAUGACUCUUGUGCUGCAAUGUUAGCCAAGUCAGGCAUCAUUCCUGCUCUCAUAGAGCUUCUCAAUGCGCAACAGGAGGACGAUGAGUUUGUGUGUCAGAUUGUGUAUGUCUUCUACCAGAUGGUGUUUCACCAGGCCACCAGAGAAGUCAUUAUAAAGGAGACCCAAGCUCCAGCUUACCUCAUUGACCUGAUGCAUGACAAGAACGCUGAAAUCCGCAAAGUCUGUGACAACACAUUGGACAUUAUUGCGGAAUAUGAUGAAGAGUGGGGGAGGAAGAUCCAGAAUGAGAAGUUUCGCUGGCAUAACUCUCAGUGGCUGGAGAUGGUGGAGAACCGGCAGAUGGAUGAAGCAGAACCCUUCAUGUACAGCGAUGAAGGAGAGCCCUUCUUGCAGGGAGGAGACAUCCUGGAGCGUCCCGACCUCUUCUAUAGUGCAGAUGGGAUAAUCACAGCCGACAGUGCCAUCAGUCCAGAAUUCUUCACAGACUUCCAGAACGGAGAUUUUAUAGGACAACAGGGUUUCCCCAGCAGUGCUGUAUCAGACGGGUUUGGCCAAGUGGCUGGAGGUCCUUUGCGUCCUGCGACGGCUUACGGCUUCCGACCAGAUGAGCAGUACUACUACAGCUACUCAGCAUCGCGGUAGAGUUACUGCCGACCACCCGGACAAACAAAUCAGUGGCGUUACAUUUGUUUAUGGUCUCUUUCAAGUGAAAUCAACACUACUAAUUUUAUUUAUUCGCUUCAUUUAAAAUGUCACUCAGUCUCAAGUGUGGUUUGCACAAUGUUCUCACUGGUUUCAUUAAGUCAGGGCUUUCAAGGGUUUCAUAACUUUAUGAUAUCAUAAGCAGUCACUUCAAAAUAUAUGGUACAGUUUCAGCGUGUCUUUUAAUCUGAAGCGUAUUUAUUUGAAGUUAGAAGUAUUGCUGUAUCUAUUUAGGGGCUCCUCCGUGCUCUUUCAAAAGCAAAGCUAGGACUUUAUAUCUGCAUGAAAUUUCAAACGUAGUUCAGUUCACAGGUCCAGUUGUUACACAUAUAGCAACAGUGUGAUUCUUUACAUUGCAUGGUGUAGUUUAGUUUUUAAGAAAAAAGUAGAACUCAUGUAGAGCUCUGAACAACCAAGAUUCUAUGGUGAAACAUUUUAAACGUUCAUUUUGUCUCAGUUAUUUAUAUGUAUGGCAGCUUUGUUAACAGCAGGAGAGAAAACCUUCACUAAAGUAAAUAAACUCCCUGGCCACUUCACUAGGCACACUUACCCCAUCACUUAUUGUCUAUUUUAUCCAGCUGUGCUGACGACAGUACCAGCUCAGUGGUGGUCCUGUGGCAGUCCUGACCACUGAUAAAACACGUUAAAGAAGGACUAACAGAUUAUGCAGAGGAACAAAAGGAACUUUUGUCGUCUAAAUUGUCUCAAUAAAAGAUAGUCAUGAUACAAUAUCAGUUACAAAGUACAAUGUGAGCAUUACAGAGCCUUACCCUGUAACUUCUGUUUACCCUGAUAGUAAUAUAAUUACCAUAUAAUUAGCAUCUAAUAUGAUUUAAUCAUCUCAUCAUUUAUAAUGGGCCUGUUUGGCAGUAUUUUGUUUUCCAACCAAACGAACAUGGAAAACUGCUGGACGUUAACAGUACUGUGUUCGCCCUCUAGAUGUUUUUUCUGGCUGAUAGGCUCUUUACAGUUACCAGAGUUGUAGUGCGUAUGUGGUUUCAUCGAAAGUCAG